AUGCCAAAAUUUAGCAAGAAAAAAUUGGCAUUAAUUGCAAUCAUUUUAGACGAGGAAGAAGAGAACAGAAACCGACGUAAAAGGAUAUGGAUACGAGAAAUGUUAAGAAAAAGAAAACAAUUUGGGGAGUAUCACACACUGUUUAAUGAUUUGAGUGAAGAAGAAACAUCAUUCUACAAAUACUUCAGAAUGUCUCAAGAUAAAUUUUAUAUUCUGUUAUCUAAAAUUGAGCGUCAAAUUACGAAACAAAAUACACCAUUUCGAGAAUCUAUAAGUGCUAAGGAAAAGUUAAUGGUUUGUUUAAGAUUUUUAGCAACUGGUGACUCAUUUCAGACCAUCGCGUUCAGUUUUCGUUUGGGACAUUCUACCGUUCAUAAUAUAGUUAAAGAUGUUUGUGAGUCUAUAAUAGAUAAGUUAUUAUUAGAAGUGAUGCCACCACCAAGUGUACAAGACUGGGAAAAAAUUGGAGACGACUUUUGGAAUAAAUGGAAUUUUCCUAAUUGUUUGGGGGCACUAGACGGCAAACAUGUGGAAAUUUUUGAGCCACCAAAUAGUGGUUCACAAUUUGUUUAUUAUAAACGUACAUUUUCAAUUGUUUUGUUGGCAUUGGUAGACGCAAAUUGUAAAUUUAUUGCCGUAGAUGUAGGUUCUUACGGGAAGAACAGCGACGGCGGAAUUUUUGCAAAUUCAAAUUUUGGAAAAGCUCUAGAAAUGGGAAAGUUUAAUGUACCAAAAGAAAAAAACCUUCCAGGAACUCAAUGUUCAGUGCCUCGUGUAAUUGUUGGAGAUGAGGCGUUUCCGUUGAAGACAUAUCUUCUUAGACCUUUCCCUGGUUCUACGAUAAAUGGAGAUAUAGAAAACAAAUAUUCAAUUACAGACUGUCAAGAGCUCGCCGAGUAUCAGAAAAUGCAUUUGGACAUUUGGUACAAAAAUUUCGAAUUUAUUUCAGAAGUAUAA